AUGUCCGAUUUGUUCAAGUCGAUGCCUCUCAUAUCGCCGGUGCUAGCACCGGCUUCGUUCCCCCGGCUGGAUGACCUUGAAAAGGAUGAGAUAUCUUCCAAUCUGCUGGAAGAACUGCCCAAAGUGGAGUGUAUAGCCAGAGCGAGAAUACCCACCACACAGGGGCCUGAAAUUUUCUUACAUCUAUACUCAAAUAAUGUUGACAACAAAGAACAUCUGGCCAUAGUGUUCGGCGAGGAUAUCAGGUCGAGGACACUGUACAAACAGAGGCCUGAUGAUACGCAGGACGACCGGAUGACGAGGGGCGCUUACAUCGGAAAGCUAUUUCCAGGUCGCAAAUCAGCUGAUCUUGAUCCGAAAAGCGGAAAGGAACUGAAGUUCAGUUCAAAUGGAGAGCUGAUACUCGAUGAGAACACGCACACCUCCCCCACCAUUGUGCGUAUCCAUUCUGAGUGUUACACUGGAGAAACCGCGUGGAGUGCGAGGUGCGAUUGCGGUGAACAAUUUGAUGAAGCUGGAAGACUCAUGGGAUUAGAUGGUCACGGGUGUAUAGUGUAUCUGAGGCAAGAAGGAAGAGGCAUCGGUCUGGGAGAGAAGCUGAAAGCAUACAACCUUCAGGACCUGGGUGCUGACACGGUGCAGGCAAACUUGCUUCUGAGACAUCCAGCAGACAAGAGAUCUUUUUCGCUGGCGACCUCGAUUCUCAUGGACUUGAACCUGGUCGAAGUGAAGCUGCUGACCAACAACCCAGACAAGAUUGUGGCGGUCGAGGGCAAAAAUAAGGAAAUCAAGGUAUUAGAGAGAGUGGCCAUGGUUCCGUUGGCAUGGCAGGACAAAGAAGGGAUUGAGAGUAAGGAGGUGGAAGGUUAUCUCAGGACGAAAAUUGAGAAGAUGGGGCAUCUGCUGCAGAAGCCGAUUAACAUCGGGGCGAAAUGA